GUUCCUGUUCCUCCGACCUCCUCCUCGAUUCUGGCAGGUGCCAUGUCGGCGGAAGUUUAGGCCGCGGUUUCGAAUCAAACAAGCGGAGAAUGGAGCAGCGCAGAGCAGUGGGACCGCUCAACCUGCCCAUAGGGCCGGACUCGCUGUGCUUUAACAAGGACGAGUUUAUGAAGGAUGAUUUUGACGUGGAUCAUUUUGUGUCUGAGUGCAGAAAACAUGUUCAGUUGGAGACACUUCGGGAUGAUCUGGAACUUUAUUAUAAGCUUCUGAAAACUGCUAUGGUAGAACUGAUAAAUAAAGACUAUGCAGAUUUUGUCAACCUUUCUACCAAUUUGGUUGGCAUGGACAGAGCUUUGAACCAACUGACAGUACCAUUGGGCCAGUUGAGAGAAGAGGUGAUGAGCCUCAAACUGGUGGUGAGUGAAGGGAUUCAAGCCAUUGAUGACCGCCUAGUUAAAGAAGAUGACAUCAGAAAGAAAAAGAUGUGUGUGUUGAGACUACUUCAAGUAAUCCGAUCAGUGGAGAAAAUUGAAAAGAUUCUUCACUCUCAGUCUUCCAAAGAGGCUUCACCCUUAGAAACAAGUGGUCCUCCCUUAGCUGGGCAGAUGCUGGAAAGAAUUGGGACUGAAUUUAACCAAUUACACUUUCACGCUGUGCAGAGCAAGGGAAUGCCCCUUUUGGACAAAGUGAGACCUCGAAUAGCUGGAAUCACAGCCAUGCUUCAGCAGUCACUGGAAGGGCUGCUACUGGAAGGCCUACAGACUGCCAAUGUUGAGAUUGUACGUCCUUGUUUACGGACUUAUGCAACCAUAGACAAAACGAGAGAUGCAGAAGCACUGAUUGGCCAGGUGCUCGUGAAACCAUAUGUGGAAGAGGUAAUUGAUGAACAAUAUGUUCAGUCUAGGACAAAUAGUCUUAGAGAAAUGUAUGGAAAACUGCUAGAAUUUAUUCCUAACCAUUGUCGGCUCCUCCAAGUGGUGACCGGAGGAGCAGUAAUCGGUGAUAAGACAGAAGUCAUUCCAGGUUAUGAUUUUACAGUAAAUUCUGUCUGGCCUGAAAUGGUGCGAGGUUUAGAGGAAAAAGUACCUUCAUUAUUUAACCCAGGAAAUCCAGACAUGUUCCAUGAGAAAUACACAAUUACUAUGGAAUUUAUUAGAAAAUUUGAGUGGCAAUGUGCAUCUCAAGCAAGUGUGAAGAGACUGCGUUCACACUCAGCAUACAAGAGUUUCAACGAUAAAUGGAGCCUUCCUGUUUAUUACCAGAUCAGGUUCAAGGAAAUUGCUGGAAAUUUGGAGGCAUCUAUGUCUGAAGGCUUGAAGGAAGCACCAGAUGGAAGUGAGUUUAGGCUUUUGGUUACUCACAUUCUGUGGCAGAACCUUCUGAAAUGCUGGACGGAUCACAUCUACCUCCCCCCACUCGCUCACCGCUUCUGGAAGCUGACUCUGCAAUUACUAGCACGUUACUCUAAGUGGGUAGAUGAGUUGAAAAUUGCAUCACCAAGCAAGGACCUUACUUACGACGGCUUAAAACCUUUGCCUGCCAACAGCAACAACGUGGUGACCUCUUCAAAUGGAAGUAAUGAGGACCAGGGAAAUGGGCUGACUGCAGAUGUGAAAGUUGUACCACCUCUUUCCGUUAACCAACUUGUGUACGUUGUUUCAGAUCUGGACAAGAUCCAGGAGCAGCUUCCAGACCUUUUGGAGAUAAUUAAACCAAGGCUGGAGAACAUUGGGUUUGCAAAUUUCUCUCUCAUUUCAGAAGCACUUGCAGACACUCAGACUUCGGUGGUAAGCAGUCUGCCGGCAUUAAGUGACAGAAUUAUCGAAGAACUGAGUGAAGCCUGUUUCAGUUAUCUUAAAAAUGCUUCAGAAGUGCCCAGGCUUUACCGCAGGACAAACAAGGAGGUCCCUAGCAAGGCUUCUUUGUAUGUUGAAAAUGCCUUGAAACCCCUGCACCAUCUUCAAAGUCAAUAUAACAAUGUUGUGAAAGAAAACAGGAUACAGGAAUGGUUGUCAGGUGCUCUCAGAAUUAGCACCGAGAGGUAUUAUGAAACAGUUUCAGAUGUUCUUAGCUCGGUUAAAAAGAUGGAGGAGAGUCUCAAGCGACUGAAACAGGCACGGAAAUCCGCAGCUGUGAGCAACACGGGAACAAAUAGCGGCAUCAGUGACGAUAACAAAAUCAGGCUUCAGCUCGCUUUGGAUGUUGAACACCUGUGGGAUCAAAUCCAGAGACUGGGCCUGCAGAUGUCGACCUUCACACAGUUUGCAGCUUUGCUGGAAUUAGCUCAAGCAGCAAAAGCUGUAGCAACAGUGGAGCCGGUCUGAGACAUCAUUGGAAUCAGAGCUGGACAACUUAUUUGUGGACAUUGGAUUUCAGUGGCUGCAUCGGACAAGUGCAAUUUUAUUUUCACAUUCCAUGGAAGAGCUUGGAAUUGAAACCUCAGAUGGAAGAAAACUGCAGAUUUUUUUUUUGAGCUUGUAAAGUAAAUUGUUGUUAUAAUUCCUGCUGUGUCUUUGAUUUGCUCCCAUAUUUAAAUAAAUCCAGUAAGUAAUUCUUCAGCCA